AUGAGACCAGAAAAACUUGAAAAACGAGACACACGAUACAAACAAGACAAACAAAAUAAAGGAGACAACGAGAUAAACGAAGCCAAGGAUACCAACGAUACCAACGAUAUUAAAAAUAAUAACGAUACCAACGCUACCAAAGAUACCAACGGUACCAAUGAUACUAACGAAACCAACGGUACCAACGAUACCAACGAUACGAACGAUACGAACGAUACCAACGAUACCAACGAUACCAACGAUACCAACGAUACCAACGAUACCAACGAUACCAACGAUACGAACGAUACCAACGAUACCAACGAUACCAACGAUACCAACGAUACCAACGAUACCAACCAUACCAACUAUACCAACGAUACCAACGAUACCAACGACACCAACGAUACCAACGAUACCAACGAAACCAACGAUACCAACGAUACCAACGAUACCAACUAUACCAACGAUACCAACGAUACCAACGAUACCAACGGUACCACAGAUACUAGCCCAAACUAG